AUGGAAACUGAAUCUGGUGCCAAGAUUGCUAUUCGUGGCAAGGGCUCCGUUAAGGAGGGCAAGGGCCGUUCGGACGCAGCUCACGCCAGCAACCAGGAGGAGGACUUGCAUUGUCUCAUUAUGGCCGACACAGAGGAGAAGGUCAACAAGGCCAAGAAGCUCAUCCACAACGUCAUUGAAACGGCCGCCUCGAUUCCCGAGGGACAGAACGAGCUCAAGCGUAACCAGCUUCGUGAGCUCGCUGCUCUCAACGGUACUCUCCGUGACGACGAGAACCAGGCCUGCCAGAACUGCGGCCAGAUUGGUCACCGCAAGUACGAUUGCCCCGAGAGACAAAACUACACGGCCAGCAUCAUCUGCCGUGUCUGCGGUAACGCAGGACACAUGGCCAGAGAUUGUCCCGAUCGCCAGAAGGGUGCCAGCUGGCGUAACGACGGCGCUGGAGCCGGAAGAGGACCUGCCGGCCGCAUCGGAAGCGGCGACGCCGUCGACCGCGAGUACGAGCAACUCAUGCAAGAACUCGGCGGUGGCUCCAGUGGUGCUGCCCCUGCGCGCAUCGAGGCCGGCCCCGGCUCGUACAACAACAGCAACAACGGCCCCAGUGGCGAUGCCAAACCCUGGCAACGCGGCCCGACUGGUGGCCCUGCACCCUGGCGCAGCCGCAACAACGACUCGCGCGACGAUCGCGACCGCGAUCGCGACCGCGACGGUGGCGGCGGCGGCGGCGGCGGUGGUGGUGGCGGCUCUGCUCCUUGGGCCCGUGACCGUGGCCGCCGCGAUGAUCAUGGUGGGAAUGGCGGCGACAGCUACUACGGUCAGGGCUACGGUGGACAGUCCUCCGGUAGUGCACCUGGAGCUGCUCCCUGGCACCAGCCUCCCGGGACUCAGAACAACGGUUAUGGCGGUUACGGUGGCUACGCCGGAUAUGCCGCUCCUCCUGGAAUGAGCGCUGCCCCUGGCAUGGGCGCUCCUCCUCCACCUCCUCCUGGUGCUCCUGGUCUCGGAGCCCCUCCUGGCUUGGCUGGUGGUCUUAACGCUCUCAUUCAGCAGUAUGCUGGUGGCGCUCCGCCGCCGCCGCCCUCCGACAAUGCACCUCCUCCACCCCCCAGCGAUCAGCCUCCUCCGCCCCCCCCAGGUGCCUAA